UUCCCACCCCAAAUGGUGGGUUAAGUGGGGCAUCUCCACCACGUGAACUCAUUGGUGCCAUGGCAUGCUGCAUACAACUAGGCCCCAUCAACCACUGGCUCUCAUGAUUCUCCCCCCACACCAUGAUUUUCAAAGCAUCUUCCAACAUCACACAUGGUCUGCCACCAUACUGGAUCAUGAUGCACUCCCCUUCCUAUGUUUUUUCUUUUUUCCACCAAUCUCCACCCUCCAAAAUUUUUGUCCGAUCAAGUCCUUUUGACGUGCAGGUGCACCAACCUUACACGUUUCCCCUCAAUAUAAACGCCAUGAAGAGACCAACAAUGAGCUUUGCUAAUAAUAUACCAAGGUUUUUAAUUUGGUUUUUAAGUCAUGGAGAAGAGCAAGUCAUUCCCUGAAUAUUCUUCAUCAUUCUCCGGGGAAUUCGACUUCGAAAACCGAUCGAAUUCGUAUAAUUUUAACGGGCCAUGCAGCAAAAGUAAUGGAUUUGCGGCAUCUAAUGAUCCAGAGCUUAAGAGGAAGAAGAGAAUCGCCUCAUACAACGUGUUUACAAUGGAAGGUAAGCUAAAGUCAAGUGUUAGGAACAGCUUCAAGUGGAUCAAGAGCAAGUUUAGCGAUGUUCGUUAUGAUAUGUGAGUUGUAAAAAAGUAAAGAUGUUCCUGUGUCUUGGUUUUUGUUUGGAAAUUUGAGAGGGAAGAAUUUUCGCUCUUGAAAAAAAAAAAGAAAAAAAAACCAAUGAAAUUGGAGAGGAGUCUAGUCUUGCAUGGGAAUUAAUAUGCAAGUUUGGUCAUUUGGGUUGUCUUUGUAAUAUGUUUUGGUGAAAAAUGGUUAAAUUUUCUUUCUUUCUCUCCAUAAUUUUCCAUUACAAUUAGAAUUAGAAGUCGAAUGCUGCUAUUGGGGUAUUCUCUAAGCUAGGAUAUGGAAUUUGGAUGCAAGGAAAAGGGGUUAAGAAGAAAGAAUAGAAGCUUUUCAUUUCUCAAAACACUUUGAAUGGACAUGAUUUAAAUCGUAGUAGUUUUGCUUUGGUCAUCAAUAUUUCCAAA